AUGCCGUCUGACCAAAAUGUGACUCCACGCCGCGUACGACUUGUUUCGUCCACGUCGACUUCUGUUGCUGGUACAGAGCCACUUCCAGUUGAUGUGGGCGCUCCAUCGAUGGAUCCAAACGAUCCCUACGGGCAUGUGCGUAUCUACCGCAAGGACAUGGUGUCAGAUGUAGGAGGUCGUGCGUUCCAACUUAGCGUGGAUGUACCACUAAAAAAAUUUGUGGAUCUCUUUAGCGACUUUGACGGUAAGCGAUGCAAACUUUGCAAUGAAAGUUACAUGCAGUGGCAUAGUCAUAGCGGGGUUAUUCCUCAUUCAGGGCGGGAGGCGCUGAUGCUAGAGAUGGUGCGUGCCUACUGUGGUACUCCUGAAGAGAUUGCCAAGAUGUGGUGGCACCGGCUUAACACCUCUACUGUCUUUAACCGUAUUCCUUCCCUGAGCCAUGACAAUAGUCAUAUCCGUAAACGUCGGUUGCAGUAUCUUCUUCAGUUUUUGAAGGACCGGGAUGUUAUUCGUGACACCUUCAACGUACAACAGAGUGCUGGAGGUGCCGGUCGAUCCUGGGAAUUUGAACGCCUGGAGUGGAUUGGAGAUAACGUGGUGAAGUAUGUCUUCAAUGAUCGCUUCAAUGUCCUCUUUCCAGUGCGUGAGGGUGGUAUCCGUGGUCGCCUGGGCUACGCGCAGUUUAUGAUUGACGGCAAUGAUGGGUUGGCAAGAGCGUAUGAUCAUCUUGAGUUGCAGAAGUUGACCUUAAGCGAUCGUGUUGUAAGCAAAUUUAAGAGUGAUGUGGUAGAGACACUUUUUGGGGAGCUGCAGUUAUUUUUGUGGUCCUCGGAGACGGAUGUUGGCACCGCCUACUUUGCCUUGCCCUUUACCUCGGAGAUGUUUCCUCUCAGGGCGCUGGUGUGGCAUGUGAUGGAGGAGCUAGCGCAUGUUAUGUUCAUGUACCAUGUUGACCACAUUCUUGCUGCGAUCCAACGUAUUGUUCGGGAGCAUCAGUUGCAGUUUGUCCGCGCCGAUCCAUCCCUCCGCGGUCACACAGACCUGCAGAACGAGCUGGCAAGCACCCUGUACGCCAAGCGGAGCUUGACAGGAUCGGGGAAACUGACUCCGACGAGGAUCUCCCCUAGUUUGCGAUUCAAGGAUGGCUUUGCUGCCUUGUACCAUGAAUCAUCUAAUUACGAAGGGUUUAAGCGCGUGCACGCACUUGGUGGCCUUUUGCCACGUCCCUUUUCCCGCGAGGAAUUAUCGGCGACACCGUCCUUCUUGCCGCACCUGCAAAACGAUGAAACAAUGGCUAGUCGAGUUCCGUUAGACUGGUGGUCAAACCUUCUGCAUGCUGUGGAAGAGGAAGAGAAGGCACUGCAGCGGCAAGAUGCGGUUUCUGCUUCAUCAGCGUCACCGCCAUUGUCACAUGCCGCCGUGACGCCGACACCACAGCCGCACCCAAAGAAUGCGGUCAAUGCAAAUUUAAGCGUACCAGAGCUCAAAGAUAACUUUUUGGUGAUGGAACUGAUAUAA